AUGGAUCGCGGACAGUUCAUAGAUAUAGGUGAAUUUGAUGUAGAUGCUGUUGAUAUGGACUGUGCUCCACAGUCGGCUGAACAGUAUUUGCAGCAGGUGAUUGCUGAUCGUGUGCGAGGUCCGUCAUGCGUAUCUAUAGCUAAACCCAUCUUGUCUGACCUAGUAUCAGAAAAAGAAGCACCUCCUAGCACGUCUGCUCCCGAACGGGAUCCUCGCGCUCCAUGUAGGGAUUGGCGUAUAGCAAAAGUAGCCGCAUUUUCAGCGCUACGUUCCAGGAUGGAAACAGCGCCAAGAAAAAAGGCAAUGAAGUUGCAAUGGCCUAACUUGGCGAAUUCAGAGGAAUGGGAGCAGUUACUAUUGCGACGUUGCCAUCCCAAAUGUGUACAUUUUCUUCCAAACUUUCCAAAUCACCAGGGAACACCACCAGCUGUUCCUGUGGUUGAGAAUGUGAUUCAGUAUGCCGUAGAAUGGGCUGAAUGUGAUGGGCUCUCCAGACCACUCAGAGAAUGGCUUUUUGCUCUACUUCUUCUAGUUCAUAAACCUGUUUUGCCUGAUGUAUGUGCUGCAAUGCGAGGUUUAGCUAAUUUAUGUAGGAGGAUGAGAAGUUCAUUGGAUAUGGAAAGGUGA